AUGGCGGCGAGCGCAGAAGCCCCGUCGGCGGAUCCACCCCAAAGCGGCGAUGCUGGAGAGGACAGUGAGCCAGUGGUGACUCCUUGGACGGUGUCUGGCGAUGUGGACUACAAUAAGCUUGUUGACAAGUUUGGAUGCUCCUUGAUACCUCCAGAAAUGGUAGAAAGGAUUGAAAGGUUGACUGGCAUGCCAGUGCACCCUUUUCUGAGGCGGGGAAUCAUAUUUGCGCACAGGGAGCUGAACAUCAUCCUGGAUUGCUACGAGAAGGGGUUGCCUUUUUAUCUUUACACUGGCAGAGGUCCCUCAUCUGAAGCUCUGCACCUGGGCCACCUUGUUCCCUUCAUGUUCACCAAGUACCUGCAGGAUGCCUUCAAGGCCCCCCUUGUCAUUCAGCUCACGGAUGACGAGAAGUCCCUCUGGAAAAACCUGGACGUGGAUGAGGCGCGCAGGCUGGCACGAGAGAAUGCCAAGGACAUUAUUGCAUGCGGUUUCGACAUAGCAAGGACGUUCAUUUUCAGCGACUAUGACUAUGUUGGAGGAGCGUUCUACCGGAAUGCCAGCAGGAUCCAGAGAUGCGUAACACUCAACCAGGUGAAAGGCAUCUUCGGAUUCACUGGUGAGGACAACAUCGGCAAGAUAUCGUUCCCUGCCAUCCAGGCAGCGCCGUCUUUUCCCGACUCCUUCCCUCACAUGUUUGGCACGCGGAAGGACAUACGGUGUCUCAUUCCUUGCGCCAUUGACCAGGAUCCGUACUUUCGGAUGACACGUGACGUUGCCCCACGCAUCGGCCAUCACAAGCCUGCACUGAUCGAAUCCCGCUUUUUCCCAGCCCUCCAAGGCAUCAGUGGCAAAAUGAGCGCCAGCGACACCACCACUGCCAUUUACACAGGGGAUUCGCCAAAGGAGAUCAAAUCAAAGAUAAGCAAGUACGCGUACUCUGGAGGCCGUGCGACAGUUGAGGAGCAUCGCUUGAAGGGGGCGGAUUUGGAUGUCGACAUACCCUUCAAGUAUCUGUCCUUCUUCUUGGAUGACGACGAAAAGUUGGAGACGAUCAGGCAAGAGUAUGGUUCCGGGAGGAUGCUCUCAGGGGAGGUGAAAGCCGAGCUAAUUCAGCUCCUCCAAGACCUGGUCGCUCGACACCAGGCCGCACGCUCGAAGGUCACUGAGGAUGUGGUGGACAUGUUCAUGGCGGUCAGGCCGAUGCCGGGAUUGUUUCGGUGA